UUUCCAUCCAAACAGAUCUCCCGCUUUCCCUGCAAAUGCCGUCCUUUCGGUCCUUCCAAUAUUAACAACACCUCUCAUUUUCCCUCUUAACGCUCCAAAUCUUAACGUGCGCAUCCUCAGCGCACCACAUGGCAGCUCCUUCAUUUGUCUCCAAAGCAAGAACCGCUUUCAACUCUGCAGCUGCCAAAGCCGAGCGAGUUUUCACUGAUUUUAAACCCGAUUUUGAUUCUGAUAAAUUAUUGCGGAAAGAAUUCAAAAACGAAUCUCUUAACGAAGGCGAGUCUAAGAGUUUUGACGAGGUAAAGAAUUCUAGGUGGAGACCCUCAAAUUUAGGGACAAAGCAAGAAUGGCAGGAAAGGUUUAGGAAAUUACGGAUAGGGAGAAAAGGUAUUGAAGACACCGAGAAAGUUGAAAUUUCUAUAAUGGCUGUUCCAUUCUAUGAUGAAAACAUAUAUUUGCUCAACAUGAAGAAUGACACGGAAGCAAAGCUUUUAGAAGCAAUACCUUCUGUAGAUGUUUUAAAUACCACCAACACGAAUAGCAUUCCUCCGACAUCUGUACUCAAACAAUUGGCUGUAGCUAUUGAGGCUGGAAAAAAUUUUAAGACGGUGAAAGAUCUUUUGGCAUCUUUUGGAAAUUCUUCACCAAGUAAGGAAAAGCCAGGCUUGAGCUUCUCUACAGUCAAGUCGUUAGUUAUUCGUGAGAAAGAGGAUAAGCUUGCAUCUGGAUUUGGUGAUGACAAGAAAGUCCUUGCUUUGAUUAAUUCACUGUUUGAUGCAGAUGGAAAAUUCCUCCAACGGAAGCUUGUAUCUGAUUCAAACACAUGUACACCAAAGAUACCUUUUAUUAAAGACAUUCAUGGUGCUCCUCCACAUGGCUUUGUUGUUAAGCUUUCUGAAGUCAUUGGAAGCUUUAGAUCCCUUCACAAGAUGGCACUCUUUUGGUGCAGGGUUGUUAUCGAACUGAGAAGAUUUUGGUCUGAAGAAAAACAUCUGCCAGGCAUUCCUGUGAAUGAGAUUCCAGAUCUAAAUUCAUGUCUUCUAUAUCAACAAUUACAGGUUAUUAACUGUUGUCUAUCAAGAAAAAGACAACAUUAUAUUGCCACUGAAUCAUUUGAUUCAGAAAUGAUGGAAGCUGGUUCAAAUUUUAAAGAAUCAGAUGUUUCUAAGGGCACAGUGUCUGCCGGCUCUGCUUUGUUUGCUCGACUUAAGACUGGAGAACUUGUUCUUCGGCAGGGAGCUAAUCAACUGAUUGAAAACUUGGCAAUGUUGGAAACUGGUGAACCUAUGUACUCACCUAUUACCCAGGAAGGACCUUUGCUUACAGAAGAUCUUAUCAGGGAAACGGAGGAAUUGGUGCUUCGUACUGGGAGUGUUGGUGCUGGGUGCUCUCGACUACUCUCUGACAUGCAGGCUUUCAAGGCUGCAAAUCCUGGCUGUGUUUUAGAAGAUUUUGUUAGAUGGCACUCUCCUCCUGAUUGGAUUGAAGAUGAGCCAAGCGAUAAGGUUCCGGGUGCAAGAGGUCAACUAAGUAGUAGAAUGCAGAAAGGAGGUAAUUUGUGGCGUGAACUAUGGGAGACAUCAAAACCCGUACCGGCUAUUAAACAAACACCCCUCUAUGAUGAGGAUUUGGCAGUGGAUGGAAUUCUGAAUUUCUUCGAGAACAUUCCCAUUUCUGAGCUUUUUCAACAAUUGUUUCUUGCUCUUCUCAGUUUGGGAUUUGUAUUAGCCGAGGACAAACUCUCUGCUAACGAAAACUUGUCAAAGCUGUUUUAUGAGUGCAAAGACUAUGUUGUUGCAACUUGCCAGAGAAAUACCUGGAACGAUAAAGUGGACGAUCUUUGCCAGGUAUACGAAACCGUGGAAACGAUGUUAGUGUCUCCCGAAGAAGUCAUAAAGGCAAUAAAGCAGGCGGAUGAGACACCAACACAGGAAAAUGAAAGCCCCACCCGGGGUGAGCUAAAACUUCGAUUCCUGAGGCUCGGACUCAAUUUUGGUAACAAGGAUAAACAGCAGAAAAAAACACCGACGACGACAAAAGAACCGAAGAAGAAUGCAGAUGAGAAUCCUUCUCGUCCAUUCGCUAGCUUUUUCGAUACCAAGUCAUCUUUAUUUGCAAAGAUGUCACCUAAAGCUAAGAAUCUCCCACAAGUUGACAAACCUCCAGCCAUAGAUGAAAGUAAUUUGACGGUGGCUUGAUUGUAUUGAUCAAACAAAUAUUUAUUCUUUUCGGCCUUACUCUUUAAAUGAGUUGGGCUAAACCUAAAACGGCGUAGUUUUGGAGGUAAUUGUAAAUUAUUGUGAAAUGAGAUGAUGGCUUUCCAUCCGAAGAAGUAAUUUUUCUAAGAAAUUAAUAUUUUUCUUUAUCUCGAGCAUGUUCGGGAUUCUCAGUGUAUUUCGUAAUUAAUAAGUUUAAGAGUUAGAAUGACGUCAUUUGUGCUUAAAGUGUAAUCAAAUAAUAUAAAUAAUAUUUGAUAGUAUUAUAAA